GCCAAAAAUCCAAUCACAAAAAAGUUCCUUCUGACGAAGAUGAUUUUUCCAUGUGUGUUGUUUGGUGUGACCACAUAGAAGAGACAAGAAACAGACCACGCCGUGAUAACCGCUUUUCACAGAAACAACACCACACGGAUUAUACCACCCCAGGCGAUACAAGAUCAAAAAGAGCUAUGCCUAUGUCAACUUCGAGAUUUACAACCUCUUCCACGCAAUAAUUUUGAUUGCGACCACGAGCUGCUAAAAAUGUUUGGCAUAGUAGUACUAUGUAUCGGUAAUAUCAGCACUGGAAACAAAACACUUUUAGAUUUUUCAGUCUAGUCUCCAACCGUUGAUAUAGAAGUACUACGACACGACCGCACAAGAAUUACCCCGUCUUUCCUUUGUAGAACACCACAAAAAUUCCUACCACGACCAUGACCUCCGACCCACACGCCGACUUUUUCGGUCAGGACCCGCAGCUCCAGCAGUUAGGCGAUGAGUUCGAUAAACCACCGGAAGAGCGGACGAAACAGGUGGUCGCCUGGCCGCCCCCAGGUUACCGAACCGGCGACACCCUCCUCGACGCCCCGGUGCAAGCGACCCAUUUGGACGCCGCGGGCGCAAAGGCGGUGUGUGCGGAUCUCGGGUAUUUCCAGGACCCGUGGAUUCGACAAAUCGUCCCGGCUUACGUCUGCGGGCGGAAGAGUCCGAUCAUGCACCGGGGAUACUACUUGCGGAACGUCGCGAUGCGGCUGAAAGUGGAGCAGUUUAUCAAGAACAGCAAUCCCUCUAUCAAAUGUAAAAAUGUCUGGGUCUGGAAGAGUCAUGCUGUUUCUGCAUGACACAGAAGGUCUGGCAUGGAAGCUCUUGCGUCACAGGUUUCGAGAAGCUUCCGCAAUGCCGAAUCCGCAUGACAAACCCCCCAUUUUGGUGACAGAAAGUGAGCAGCUUUUGCUGCCUAUGCAUCAGAGAUUUUUGUGUGUUCUGAAAUGCGCAUCACAAGUUGCAUUCUUCCAGACCCAGACACUUUUGCACUUGAUACCCUCCCUCCCGAUUCAAAUCGUGGACUUGGGCGCGUUAUGCUCUGCAAAAUUAUCGUACUCGUACUAAUUGCAAUCAUGCAUGACAAAUCUCGUUUCUUACGCAACUCACCAUUACAAACUCUAUUUUUCCUUCUGGGAAAAUUUGUAUUGCGAUUUAUAGAUACUAGCGCGAUGCUUUUGCAAUGCAUACGCGGGGCUGAACACCAUGUAUUUCUACACCUCCGCCAUGAUGGAGCAGUGGGGCCGGAAAAGAUCGGACUUGUUGUUCUUCGAGGUGGAUUUCCCGGUGAUUAUCGCGAAGAAGACCAAAACGAUCCUGCAGAAGAGGAGCCAACUCUUCAAGUUUGACGAACUAAUUUUCGAUAAACCGAGUGGAACGGUUCAGAUCAACAACGCGACCGAGUGCACGGUGCGGAAUACUGUGCACAAAGUAGAACAGUUGAAGCUCCCCUUCUACCGGCUGUGCGCGACCGACAUGCGGCAGUCGGAAGAGUUUAAAACCGUGUUGAACGAGCAGGGGUUUAACGCGAUGGCCAACACGUUGUUCUUGUCGGAGUGUGUGUUGAUCUACAUGCAGCCGCAAUACGGGGACGCCAUCAUCCAGCAGUGCCGGGAAUUGUCUUUAAACCCCACUUAUCCAAUGCAAAAGUACUUUAUCGUACUAGUAUAAAUCGCAUGACACAUUGACUUAGCAUUACAGAUUGAAUUUGUGAUGCGGAUUUGACUGAAGAAAAAGAUUUGCCAUGCAUAAAUGCGAUAAUUAGUACGAGUAAGAUACUUUUGCAAUGCAUACCACCGCUCUAACCAUGUUUGCGACGUACGAGCAGUGUAACCCGGACACGAGCUUUGGAAGAAUGAUGGUGAAGAAUUUACAGGAACGGGGUUGUCCUUUAAUGUCGAUCCACGAGUACAAAACGAUUGAGGACCAAAUCAACCGGUACAAGAAGUUGGGCUUCAGCGAGUGCAAGGCGAUUUCGAUCAACGAGCACGUGAAGCAAACCAUGAGCGACGCCGAAAAGGUGCGGAUAGGGAAGUUGGAAUUUCUAGACGAGGUGGAGGAGCUGAAUCUGUUUUUGGAUCACUAUUUCUUGUUGACGGCUAGCAACAAAGAGUUGGUGGAGUUGGGGAAGGACGGUGCUGGUGUAGUUGGGACGAUAACGAGUACGACGGGUUGACGGCGAGGAAAAAGCCAUCCCUGAUUUGAUUUCUGCCCACCUACGACGAAAAAACUUUGUAAGUAAGACCAACGAGAAGAAACCUAUUCAGCACGACUUUUUGAAAAAAAAUCUCUGAGACCACAGACACCGAGGUGCAACUCGCCGCAAACACGAGGACGCAUGCGUUCGUAAAGAUUUCCA